GUUUUUGUGUGUUAUUUUAAACCCUACAUUUCAGAUUCCACUGUACAAACAACUAGAACAAACCUCUUUCUAUUUCUAACCGAUUUCUAUGCCAUCAAACUCUUGUUUAAAUUUCGGUCAGUGUGCUUAUUACUUAUUACUUUUUUUUGCACAGACGAAUGCGGCAAAGGCCUUUUUGCUAACAUUUUUCCACAGACUAGCCUGAUGGCUACCAGACAGCUGAAUCAGUUGAGUGGGCCAGGCAUGGGAGGCAGGUGAGGUAUGUGAUGUGCACCUGAGAACUGGCACACCAGCUGUUGUUUUGAACCCCAGCUCUUUUGCUUUACAGUAGCACUUGGGGCUAAAACAGCAGAUAAUGUGCACUGGGAAAAAAAAUCCAUCAGACAUAACCUCAUCAUGGCACAGGAUGUCAACUUGUGUUUACCAAACUGAAUUACAAGUUCUGCCAGCUGCUGAGGUGAGACUGUGUGACGUGCCAGACAUUUAUAAUGUUUGUGUGGAACAUUUUAAGUGAGUCAUGAGCUUUUGAACCCAUUAAGUAAAUAAAAAAAAAUUGCAUAUAUCAUCUUUAAUAGCCAUUACAUGUGGACUUGAAAGAACCAAGACACUUUGCCGAUAAAAUGUUAAAUUUGUUAAGCAAACACGAGAUUCCAUCUAAUCUGAGAAAAGCAGAGGCGCUCAUAAACAGAUCUGAGGGCUAUCAGGUCUUUGAACCAAAGAGGAACAGGGAUUAAACGUUUUGUUAAACAAAUUUCAACCACUAUGAAAAGGUUUGUUGAUACAUGUGAAAAAAAAAAUACUGGGUGAUUCCAUGGUGCAAUUCUAUUUUUUUUUUUACUGAAUACUGUACAUAGCUGAAACGAAAAGAGACAUUUAUGCAGAGGAAUGUGCCUAUCCACUCCAUGAAACGCUCCACUGCAGACAAAAGAAAUAACCUCCAUUUCCAUUGUUGUGAUUUGAUACCAGCCAAACAUCUGGCUGUGAUUAUAUGUUAUAAAACGUCCCGCCGCAUGGGAGGGGCUCGCUUCCCUCCUUCUGCUGACUAAAAACAAUGGAAAUGUCUGGCACGACACGCAGUCUCACCUUAACCUCAUGAGAUUUGGCUGCACACAAGUUCAGACUAAAAAUAAAAAUACAAUCAAAUUUGACAUCUAAACUUGUUUGUAUUUAACAUGCACUGAUGUUGACGUAUUUUGAGGAAGAAAGAAUGAUGAAACAUGAAAAAAAAAAAUCAGAAUCAUGAGCAAAUUUUCAAUGCAUGAACAUAGGGAAGGUUUUUCAUGUAUGUAUGAAUAUAUGUCGAUACGUUAUAGCAAAUAGAUUCAUCAGAGAAGUUCUAAACAAACAAACAAAAAUAAAUCGGUAAAAUGCAUACAUUAAUAAACAAACACAAACAAAAUAAAUAGCACAUUUUCACAAAUAAAUACAUUGCAGAAUCUGCAAUUGCUAUGUAAUGAUAAGAGCAGAACUGUAAUAAACAAACAAAUAAAUAAAUGUUUAUUUAUGUUUAAUACCUUGCAGAUGUAUCCACUGCUAUGUAAUGCUAAAGAGAAACUGCAUUAUAAGCAAUACGUAAGUAAAUAUUUUAUUUGUUUUAAAUAUGCAAUGGCUAUAUAAAUGUUUAUUUUAUUUUAAUAAAUAUUAAUACAAUAAAUAAAUAAAAUACAUUUUAAUAAAUAUCUUGCAGCUUCUACAAUUGCUGUAUUAUAAAAAUAAAUAUUUGAAAUUAGUUUUUAAUACAAAUAUUGCAGCUUCUGUAAUGGUUAUUUAAAAUUAGAGGCGGUACUGAAAUAAAUUUUCAUUUAUUUGAAAAAAUGGUCAAAUCUUCAAAUAUCUUGCAGCUUCUGCAAUGGCUUUGCAAUUAUAAGCAAUAAAUAAAUAUUUGAAAUUUAUGUUCAGUAAAUAAAUGACCUUAUUUAUAACAAAUAUUUAGCAGAUUCUGCAAUGGCUACGUAACUUUCAGAGCACAACUCUUUAUAAACAGUAAGAAACUAUUAUAAACACUCAGCUUUUUAUCCCUCCUUUCCUCUGACUCACACCCCCUCUCUCUCUCGAGCUCACCUCUAGCCCUCUCUUUCUGCACUCUCACACACUCCCUCUCUUUACUCUGAGGUUGUGUGGACCACUUUUGCUGUCUGUAUAUGUUCCUGCUGGAGUAAAAGUGAAAGAAGACCAACAGCAUAAAGCAGUGGACUGACCAACACAGAGUCAUCAUGUACAGAUUCAGCUUUCUACUGGUGCUAGUGUGUCUACAGGUUUGCGUCCCCUUUAUUUUUGGUGCACCAACUCAAUGCCCAAGCCAGUGCCACUGCCAUGGGCACCUACAGCAUGUUAUCUGUGACAACGUCGGGCUGAAGAAGAUCCCUCGCAUAUCUGAGGCUACUCGUCUUUUAAACAUGCAACGCAACAACUUGGGAAAUCUCCCAACCGGGGGCUUCAGUGAGAUGAAGGGGCUCAUUUCCCUGCACCUGCAGCACUGUCAGAUCAGAGAGAUCUCCAGCCAGGCUUUUAAAGGACUGAAGAAGCUCAUCUACCUCUACUUGUCUAACAACGAGAUAACCAACAUCAAACCAGGCGCUUUUGAGGACCUGACAGAACUGACCUAUCUCUACUUGGACGGUAACCAAAUUACAAGUCUUUCGAAGGGCAUAUUCUCUCCCAUGAUCAACCUGUUUAUCCUGCAGCUCGACAACAACAAGCUUCGAGAGCUGCAGCCUGGUACUUUCACAGGUACAAGCGAUCUCCGAUGGCUUUAUAUGAGUGGCAAUGAGUUGAGCUCUAUUCAGCCUGGUUCUUUUGAUGAAGUGGAGAACCUGGCCAUUUUAACUCUGGACCGUAACAAGCUGUCCACCUACCCUCUGCUGGCUAUGAGCAAGCUGCGUGUGGUGGAGGAACUCAACUUGUCCAAAAACCCUCUCAGCCUCGUGCCUGACCACGCGUCCCGGAGCUUUGGCCGUUAUAUGGAGAAACUCUAUCUAAAUGACAUGAGCUUGGAGAAGUUUUCCAGUGCUGCCUUUGAGGGAGUGACGGCUCUUAAAUCUCUGCAUCUUGAGAACAACAAGUUAAAAUCACUGCCGAGCAGCCUUGAGAUCAGCACCCUCCAGAACGCCACUCUGUUUAACAACCCCUGGAGCUGUACCUGCCAGUUAGCAAAUCUCAGAAAAUGGAUGGACACAAGUCGCCAACGCCCUGAUGCAGUCUGUGCCUCUCCUGGAAGCCAGAAAGGAAAGCAAAUAAGAGACAGCAGUGCUUUCAGUCGCUGCAAAGCAAAGACAAAGAGAGCCAGGAAGGGAGCUCGGCUUUGAGAUGGAGGACAGGGAGAAGAGGCCUGUCCAGGUGUCAGGACUGAAAUGUGCAGAAAAGAAAAGCAAUGCCGACUGCUACAUUGGGACUGUCCAUUUCCUAUUUCACUCAUUUUUUGUGUGACAUACAGAUGCGCUGACUCCAUUCAUACUAAUUAUCAUGAAUAGCAUAAAUAUGUGUUCGCAGACAUUGACAAACACCCUGAAGGAGCGACUGUGUGAGACUGCAAAGAGAGGGUUCACAAACAUGUACACCUCAAAGGAAAUACGGAUCAAACUCUCAGUUUUCGCUGUUAUGGUAGCGUAUACGCUAACUCAAACAACCUGGUGAUAAAUUCAACAGUAUCACAGAAUAUUUCCUACACCACGGUAAAAAGCAAGAGUACUAACAGGAAUACUCUUAUCCAUAAAAUGAGAAUUAGUAUAAUAGAUUUGCAUUUACUUAGAAAUUCAGCAGUACCUUUUUGAAGUAUAAAUGUGCAUAGAUAAUUCUUCAAGGUUGUGUGUUUUUUCCUCUCUCUCUCUCUCUCUCGGAUUUCAGCAUAUUAUUUGAAAUCUUUGAGUAAAUCACACCAAAUGGCCACUGUAGAAUGAAUCUUGUCUAUUCUACUGAUUCUAUUUUUUUUAGUCUUCACAGCAUACUCCCAUUAUAAGGAUUAGAAGCACUUAAAAUCACAUAACCAAAGAGUUAUAGUCACAACAGAGCUCUUCAUGAGCAUUCAGGAGUUCAUCCUUAGCUUGAAACAUCUCACAACGUCCUGCUAGGAAUUUCAGAGGCUUUGCAAACAUAACAAACCUUGACCGUGGCUAAAGCCGACACAUUCAAGACCUUUUCUUUACAUCUCUGACCAAAGCCAAAAGCAACACAGGCCAGGAAAACAGGGACUUGUUAUAGCCAUGUAAAUGGUAAAUCAGAUUAUGUAAGGAAUAGCACAGCUAGUCAUUAUCAAACAAUUAAUCCAGGCAGGAUGAUCACAAUUGGUGGCCAAAUAUAAGGAUUAACCAAUAAGAAUGCCUGACCAAUCAAAAUCAAGAAAUGAAACAAGUGAUGGUGGUGCCAGAAAAAGAGGAUUUAGGAAGAGCAGGUAAAUAAGACAACUGGAGAUUCUCCAGUCUAAUGUUAUCAAUUUCUUACUGUGAUAUACUCAUGCUCAAUAAAAGACAUAUAAAGCACCACUAUAGUAAUGGUUUCUUAAAAGAAAGAAUACUGGAUGCAAUAUUAUUACUAGUAGUACUAGUUCAGAUCCUGCUACCUUCUCCAUACCUGGUUCUUAAAGGUACAGUUCACCAAAAAUGAAAAUUCUGUCAUAAUUACUCAAAACCUGUAUAGCUUUUAUUUGUGGAAAAUAAAAUGAGUAAUUCAUAACA